CCACGUUCCGCUUUUCACCCCGCCCCGAGUGGCAUGUGUUUUACGUUCACAGCGCGAGACGAAGGACCGAGGAACUGUCGCGAGCACCGGUCGCGCAGGUGAGAAUCCCGAGCGAAUCCUUCGACAUUAGCUGGGCGUGAGUCACCCACCACGCACGACGACGAACACGAAGACGAAGGCACUGCAAUCCUCCCAAUUCGCGGGGGACGGAAGAGGCGACAUUGUGCAAUCUAGCCGAGCAGCAGCAGCAGGAGGAUCCGGAUAACCUUCAGAGAGAGAAAGAGGGCGACUGGCUACUCCAGCGGUCGAGAGAAAGUGAGCGAGAAGAGCGAAGGCGGGACGAGGCGGCGAGGAGGAAGUCUUUGAGGUGGGCUGGGCUGGGCUGGGGUGUAGUUAGAUAGCUCUUAUCUGCGACUGAGAGACGAAGCGGAUCUGGACUCUUUGGGUCAGGCGUCGGGGAAGGUUUGCCGCGUCUGUAUAAGUAGUUGCCAGGCGUUUCGAGUGACACGCAAGAAGAUUUCUCCAUCGAUAGGGAGGCAGCGAGGGAGGGAGGGAGGGGUGGGGAGGGGAGGGUCGGAUAUCGGAGGAAGUGAAAAGAGAGAGAGAUAGAUCCGAGCGGUGAGACCUCGGGCUUGCGCAGGAGGCAACGAGAAGGCAAAUUGUUGGUGGAGUGUGUGUGUGUGUGUGACCUUGCGGGGCGGGCACCAUGACGAGAACCAAUGGAACCAAUGGGAAUGUGGAGUUUGGAAGCGGAGACGAAGUACUGCCUCUGGCGUCGGUACUUCCACGCGUUUUAGUCGUCUCACGCAGGACAGUGAGGAAGAAUAAAUUCGUCGACUUUGUGGGAGAGUAUCACCUGGAUCUUGUUGUAAGCUACGGAGCUGUGCCGGUGAUCGUCCCAAGGGUUUCUGGAUUGCAUUCCCUGUUGGACAGUUUUGAACCAAUCCAUGGAGUUCUGCUCUGUGAGGGCGAAGACAUCGAUCCCUCGCUCUACGAGAGUGAUCUGUCUCACUUGUCACCAGAGGAAAUUGCCAAAAUAAAAAAGGCGCACAGCAGUGACACGCAGAUUGACAAGGACAAAGACUCGAUCGAGCUGCAGCUUGCCCGUCGUUGUCUCGAGCGCAAUAUUCCGUAUCUCGGAAUCUGCCGGGGUUCUCAGGUGCUCAACGUCGCCUGCGGCGGUUCCUUGUACCAGGACGUGGAGACGGAGCUGUCUUCCAAGAACGGCGUGGAGGUACACCACAUAAAUUAUGAUAACUAUGAUGGACACAGACAUCCAGUGAACGUCAUCGAGGGCACGCCCUUGCAUGAAUGGUUCGCUGAAUCGUUGAAAAAGAGCUCUACCGGAUCGGAGCUGUUUGUGAACAGCUAUCAUCAUCAGGGCGUCAAGAGGUUGGCAACGAGGUUCCAACCGAUGGCACAUGCACCGGACGGUCUCAUCGAGGCCUUCUACGAUCCCGCUGUAUGCGAUCCUGAGGAGGGCAAGUUCAUCGUAGGCCUUCAAUUCCACCCCGAGCGCAUGCGACACGAGCAUGAUAUCCCCAUUGAGAGUCAAACAAGCGAAGAACUCAUGCAAGAGAGCAUCUUCGAUUACCCUGAAUGCCCACGCAUUUAUCAGGAAUUUGUGAAGGCAGUGGUGGCAUACCAGAAGAAGUUACUCUCGACUGGAAAGGAGAAGAUCAAUAGGAAGUUUGAUGCGGCGGUUAUGGAGAGACAGCGAAUGCAAAUAGUGCGUAGUUUUUCACUGGCCAAAAUAAUAUACGAGGAGGAACAUUUGCGCAGCCCUCACAGUGUUCACGGCGGCCAACAUGCUCUUGCCGCGCUCAGGCACGGAGCGGUUCCCAAUCAAAGCGAGCAGGAGUUGGAGCUCGGCGCCCGAUUCCUACAAUCGAAUACGGCCCUUAACUCCAAGCAGGUGAAGUUUCUGCAUGAAAUGGGGGCAACUGUAAGAAAUUCAUCACUGUUCUUGGAGAAGAUGCAACUGAACGAACGGAAAGAGGCCGAGGCGAGGAAGAUGAUGGAAGGAAUGCAAGAGCAAGAGCUGCAAGAGUUUAUUGACUUCUACAAAAUGAUGGUAGAUGCUGCGUCUACUGUUCUUCAGCAAAAGAGAAGCUUCAAGAGAAAUUUUUGAAACACAUGUGUAUAUAGAUAGCAUUCUACGGCAGCGAUUGAUGAAACUGAAAAUUCUCUAUUGAUUUAUGCGGAGCAACGCCUUAGCCCCAGCACCAGCACAAGCGUAUCUGCUGCUGGGCUUAAUCUCGGAGUGUAGUAUAUGUAGAUUGAGGCUUAUGGCUUCUGUCAUCUCCAACUAAUUUGACCGGAGCAUCCACGAGAGAUGGUAGAAUUGCUUGUAGAGCCAGCGAGAGCUGCAGUCAAUAGUAUAUGAUGAUGAUGAUGAUGUUAUCGAUCUAGAACUGCGCACUGACAAGUCUCUGGAGGUCGGAGAUAAGUGAGCAGACGAAAGUGCUCACAUCUCCCUUUCCUCGACCUUCAUGCAAGACAUCUCCUGCCCCACUUUGUGAAGCGCGCAGGCCUUUCGUGAUUGACGCCUGAUAGUGGCGACCCGUUCGGUCCCUCAACUAUCACACAUGUACAGUUGUGGAUUACUAAAAUUCUUGAUGCAAAUAUUGAUCCUUAUGAAUAAAACGAUCCAAUGAUCGAAUCCUUUUAAGU